AUGAGAGAAAAGUGGAGAAAGAAGAGAAUGCGAAGACUCAAGAGAAAAAGACGUAAGGCACGUAAGUGAUACAAGAAUAUGAUAAAUAUAAAUAUAUUUAAUUGAACAUCUUUUUAUCAAAUUUUCUCAAUUUUUUUGUUUGUUUUCUAAUUAAUGGGUAAGCUCUUAGAUAACAUCCUUCGGCUUUAUAAACAUUUUUUAAUGUAUAUAAAGGAUGUCAAAAAUUGUUAAAUAGAGCUUGUGAAGUUUUGAUAAAUGCAGUUAAUUAAUUAUUAUUUAAUUUUGAUGGAGCAAGAAGCCUUUCACUAAGUGCAAAAUUAUAUUUUAUGUAAAUAUAAGCAAUUUAACAAGAGCGUACAUUGGGAUAAGGAACUUUUGGGAAGGUGAAAUUAGGCUAUCAUACAAUAACAGAUGAAUAUGUAAGAGUUAUCAUAUAUUUAUUAGGUUGCCAUUAAAGUUCUUGAGAAGAACCGAAUUGAAAAUUAGUUUGAUUUAAUGAGAGUUUAGAGAGAAAUAAUGAUUUUGAGAAAAGUCAAUCAUCCAAAUGUGAUAAAAUUAUAUGAAGUAAUAACUUCAUUUAUUAAAGAUCUUAGAGUCAGAAUAGUCAGUGUAUCUAGUUAUGGAAUACGUGAGAGGGGGAGAGCUGUAUGAUUACAUAAUAAAGAAAAAUUAGUAAUGUGAAAUCCUAAUUGAAUUAGCCUGCCCGAGCACAUAGCUGCGCGAUUUUUCUAGUAGAUUAUUUUUGCAAUAGAAUACUUGCAUAGCAAUAAUAUUACACAUCGAGAUUUGAAGCCAGAGAAUCUAUUAUUGGAUGAAAAUAAAUAAUUAAAGAUUGCAGAUUUUGGAUUGAGUUUCAUCUCUCUUACAAAAGGAGAACUAUUGAAAACAGCCUGUGGCUCACCCUGUUAUGCAGCACCAGAAAUGCUAGGUAUAUACAUUCAAUAUCAAAGUCGGUAAAUAAUAUGAAGGGUUAAAAAGUGAUAUUUGGAGUUGUGGAAUAAUCUUAUUUGCAAUGCUUUGUGGUUACUUGCCAUUUGAACAUGAAAACACAAAAGAGUUAUAUUAAUUAAUUAAAACGAGUGACUUUGAAAAGCCUGCUCAUUUAUCACCCAAUGCAGUUGAUAUAUUAACAAAGAUCCUUGUUAAGGAUCCAGAGAAGAGAUUAAAUUUUGAUUAAAUUAAGUAGCAUCCUUUUUUUACAAUGCAACCUCCAUUGUAAAGAAAAAAUUUGAAUUUGGAUGACCAAAUUAUAAUAUAGAAGAUGAUAGAAAUGGGUUAUUCACAAAAUUAAAUUACUUUUUAAUUGCAUGCUAAUAAACACAAUACUUUAACUACAAUCUAUUUUUUAUUACAAAAAAAAUAAAACCAACCUUAUAGAAAGAACUUCUUUCAGAAUAUUUAAAAUAUUGCUAAUUUGAAAUUGGAUAUAAAUUAAAAAAGACAUACUGCUGUUAAAUUCUAACCUUCAUAGUAAGGAUCCCCAAAUUUUGAAAAAUACGAGCUCAGAUAAUAGAAAUUGAGAUCGAGAAUUGAUAAUUCUCCCUAUCUGUAAACUCAAAAUUCACAAAAAUUCAAAAAAGUUAAUUUAUCUGUAUAAUCAAAAAGAGUAAGUGUUUAGAUUGAAAAUGCACGCCAAAAGACAUAUUCAGUUUAAGAGAAAUAUUCUGAUUAUCCAUAAUUCAUGAAUAAUGCUCUGUUAGAUUCAAAGUAGAUUUAUGAAUAUAUCUUAGGAUUCAAACAAGAAAGAAUUCGAAAUUAUAAGGAAGCAUUAAGUUAUAGCCAAAAAAGGAAAUAGAUAAUGGAGUAAAAACAGAGGUAAAUGAGGAGAUAAAAAACUAUUUCAAUGGUAAUUUGACAUAAGUAAGACAAAGAAAUAAAACAUAACCAAACAAAAAUGAUGAGGCAUUAAAGUUUUUUGAUAAAAAUUCUAAAAUAAAAGCAUCUCAUUAAGUAUUAUUUUAUUUUAAUUAGAUUGUAUCCAAAACACCAUAAAAUAAUCCCUUUGUUCAAGCUGAAAUGAGUAGAACCAAAUAGUUACAAUAAUAGUUAAUUGAAAGCAAAUACUCUGCAUUAAAAAAAAAACGAAUUGAAUUCAAAGUUCAAAGAUUAUUGGGAAAUCAAUUUUGA